AUGAUUCAAUUACAACAAUCACAAGAAACAUUGGAUAGUCAAGUCAAUGACUUGUGGAAGAAGAAAAUGACUAGAUUACCUAUUUAUAAAGAUUUACCAAGACUGGCUGGUAGAAUAUCAAUCACCUCUACAACUGAUAAAUCAAUAAACUAUAAUCCAUGGACACCAGAGACUAAAACUGUUGCUGCCACACCUGCAUCGACAACAUCGUCAUCAUCAUCAUCGGCAUCAUCAGUAGAAAACCAUAAAGAAGAAGAUAGAAAGAGUUUAAAACUUCGAUUGUCAUGUGUAGAACUUGACAAGUUGGAUCUUGAACAAGAUAAAUUGGAAAUAUUAGAUAAUGAUACAAACAAUGAAAAGAUAUUUAAAAGAUUAAAGAAAAUUAUAUUUAAAAUGACUGAAUGCUUUGAAAAGAGUAAUUUGGAACAUGUCAAACAAGUAUUUAAUAAUUAUGAAACACCAACCGAUUUUGAAUUACAUAUGAGUACUUUAUUAAAAGGUGUAAGUACCAUUUUUAAUGACAAAUAUGACAAAGAUGAAGAUGUUAGAGGACCAGAGGGAUGGAGAAUAUCGAUUGAAGAGACCAAAGACAUUGUCACAGUGAUACAUGCAAGAAGAGAGGAAUCGCUACCAACUCAACCCAAAGACAAACAAUUCUGGUUUGAAUGGCAACUCACUGUUAUUCUCAACAAGGAUUUGACAGAGAUUGAAAGUACCUCUUUAAAAAUUGUUCAAUUACAAUUCUGUGAAGGUAUCUCUCAAGCUUUCAAGAAUGAAGUAUCUCGUGCACUUUGUUCAGGUAAUCUAUUUAUUUGUUAA